AUGGCGAACAUAUCCAAGAAAGCGGAUGAAUUAAAAAUCGAUCCUGUCAUGGAAAAACCAUGGCAGAGAGCACAGCGCUUCGAGAAGUACGACUACUAUUGUAAGUCAGCUUACCCGCCAAUGCAGCUAGAACCUUUGCCUUUUGAGAGAAACAGACUUGCUAACGGAGGCAUGACGUCAGAGCAGAGAGCUUUACGUAAACAGUGGGUGAACGACCAAAUUCUUCACCACGAAGCGCGAGAGAUUCCUGAAGUUCAGCCUUAUAAUAUCUUUCGGAGAAUCUAUAGAUGGCCCGCAGAUACUUUUAUUUUCAACCCGGCUAAGAAGUUUAUUGGUGCUGAAAGAGCUGAUCUUCUGAGAUACACUAUCCCGAAAGCCAUUAUGGCCUUACUGGGCUCAUAUUUUAUUUGGUACCAAAUCAAGUACCACCCAAGUGACUGGAUGACCGAUGGACGAGUACAUGUAUUCCGUACCAAACCGAUGCUGUUGGGAGAGGAUGCACAUAAAUUUCCAGAGAAAGACCCUACAGAUUUUAAUGAUCGUGGAUUCAAGUCAAGGAAAGCUCUUUUGAGCCAAGAAUAA